AUGUCAGGGCCUCCUCCUGCCCCGUCGGUAUCAACCCCCACGCCCCCAAUUUCCGACGCGCCGCCGUUCUCUUCCGCCGGAGCCGAGCCGGGCUCGACCACCACCUCCGAGGCCUCUUCUCCAGCGGGCGCUCCAAUCACCCUGGAGUCCCUCUCCACGGUUGUUGCUGCACUUAGCAGCAGCGUGGCCGAUCUCCUGCGGGGCGCCGCCGACACACAUUGCAUGGUCACCGAGACGAACCGCAAUGUCGCGGCGCUGCAGACUGCGUGGUCGGGUCUACUCCAGCCCCCUCCGCCUCCCCACCCGGCGCCACCACCCCCGCCGCCGCCGUCGACGACCGUGGCCUCCACGUCGGGGCCCAGGGGCGUUCCUCUGCACCAGAUCUCCUGGCCGGCGUCCCCGUCGCUGAUCCCAUCGUGGGCCACAGGGUCUCAGCCCAUGCCGGUGUACACGACCACUAAGGCCACGACCACAACAGCAUAG